CCUACCAUGAGCACAUCCAACUGCAGAUUUUACGAGAACAAAUACCCAGAAGUGGACGAGGUUGUGAUGGUCAACGUCCAGCAAAUUGCUGAGAUGGGUGCCUAUGUCAAACUUCUGGAGUACGAUAACAUUGAAGGCAUGGUUCUGUUGUCUGAGCUCUCGAGAAGACGUAUCAGAUCCAUCCAGAAGCUUAUAAGAGUCGGCAGGAAUGAGGUUGCAGUGGUUUUAAGAGUGGACAAGGACAAGGGAUACAUCGACUUGUCCAAGAGAAGGGUUUCGUCAGAGGAGAUUGUGAAGUGCGAGGAAAGAUUCAACAAGUCCAAGGCAGUGCACUCUAUUCUGAGAAGGUGUGCUGAAAAAUACAACAUCCCACUUGAACACCUGUACGAGACCAUUGCAUGGCCGUUGAGCAGAGAGUAUGGACACGCAUUCGAUGCGUUUCGGAUCUCGAUCACCGAUCCUUCUAUUUUCAAUAAAAUAACUCCUCCUUCACAAGAAGUGCUGGAAGAGCUGAAGGAACACAUUUCUAGAAGACUGACUCCGCAGGCGAUCAAGUGCAGAGCCGACAUCGAGGUGUCCUGUUUUUCAUACGAGGGUAUCAACGCCAUUAAGGAGGCUUUGGCUGCCGCAGAGUCUCUCAGCACAGAACAGAACGCUAUCAAGGUGAAGCUGGUGGCUGCUCCAAGGUACGUGGUCACCACGCAGUCGCUGGACAAACAAACAGGAAUCAACAGUCUGAAUGAGGCUAUAGAGAAAGUUAAUCAGGUCAUCACCAAGUAUGGUGGAGUGUGCGAUGUCGCCAUGGCUCCAAAGGCUGUGACGGCCACCGAGGACGCCGAGUUGCAAGCUCUUUUGGAGAGAAAGGAGAUGGAGAACGCUAUGGAGUCGGAUGACUCCGACGAGGAGUACGACGAGUAGUCGUUGGUGGUGGAUAAUACAUAUAUUGCAGAAUUAAAGGGCUUUGUAUAAUUAUGCCAAGUUGCUGUCAAACAGCAGAGACAGGAGAUCCUGUGAGCUUUUAAUAUUUUUUCUGGGCGAGGAAAUAAGGUCCACAAACAAAUGGUAGCAUGCGGCGCUGAAAAACCAUUUGCAACCGUUCUGGUCGAGAAAUGAAAGACAGUAAUUGAAGAGCGACUUUUUGUAGUUGAGCACGGUGAGCCGGUCAUGCGACGUGGUCUGUACCUGCUGUCUAGCUUCAAUUUCCAAGUACAGAAGGACCAUUACGUGCAGAACGGCGUGUAUCGUCAUGAUCUGCUGUACCUGUUCUCCCUUACUCUGGUCAAUGAUGUUUCUAGAAAAACGCGAAAGAUAGUGCAUUUUGUUGUCUGACAACGGAGAGUCGGUGUGGAGCAGCUGCUGUCCUUCCACCUCGUCUUCCAGAAUGCUGACAAAAUCGACUUUGGAGCGCAGGUACAUAAUUCCGCAGAAGUCACCGCAGAUGCGUAAAAAUCGCGUAUAUGUGUCGCCAAUCAGUCUGCGCGUGUCGUCGUCGACACCUCGGUUGCACAAGCUUAGAAUAUCUUUUUCGAGAUUCAAGUCCAGCGAACGGUUGCCCGGCGGACGGUAUCUGCAUACAAGAAUUCGCUCUAGCAGGUCGCAUAUUUGAUACCACCGGCGGAAAAUCUCAAAGUCCCUGCGGUUGCCGUCAAAAUCCUCUAACUUCACCGUGUCGACUGCCAGGUCUAAGGUGUUGUAGAACAUUGUAGCGCACGAGGUGAUGGUUAGGGCUCUGUCCAGACAGAACGACGUCCAAAAUAAGCGCGUAAGCAGCGACACUUUGUGCAAUAGUCUGAAGAAAAUAGAUCCUGUGCUGUGGUCAAGAGAGUUUGUCUCCAGCUUGGAUAGUUGGUUCCGUGCUGCGUUGUUGUGCAAUGCCAAGUCUGUGAUCAAAAUACAUGCCCGGGAAACGUACUCGCGAGCAACCUGCGGGCCCGUUGGCGAUUCCUCCUGGUUACUCAUCAGUAAAAACCCCUGGAUCAGCGUAAUUUUGUUGAGUUCGCACAAUUUAAGCAGCUCGCACUUGCGGCGCAAUUGUUCUGCUGUUUCUCUGAUCUCGGCAGGUUUCAGGCAUGUAUCGUAUCUAACACCACACAUCAUCAUUGCGUUAAGCAGCAACGGCGGAGUCGUGUCCAAAUGGUCGAUAAUAUCUCUAUCUACCACUGGAUAGAGAGGAUACAGGUUAUCGAGGUACAGCGUGACGUACCUGCGCUGCGUCUCAAUGGGGGGCUUCUUGAAAGCUCCUUUCAUUUCCACGUAUUCCAACAGUUCCUCAUCAACGUUCAGUGGUCGCGUGUACUGGUCACGAGCCGGCAAAAACAGGUCUCGCCAGGGAAAAUAUAGAUUAAAAAACUCACCGUCGGAUAGAGUAAGAAACGAGUCGUUGCUGAAAAGAGGGGCAAGCGGAUGUGCCGUGUUAAUGAACUGGAACUUGUUUUCGGAGUUUUUAAUCGCGUUCGCAUAUAUGCGGUCG